AGAUAGGCACAGAUAUAGAGUAAGGUAAUGUGACCUGGUGAGCCAGCCAAAUAACCUGAAAACACUUAGACAAUUCCAAAAAUCAUGGGGAGCAUGAGGGGCAAGGAGUGAUGUGGUAAAAAAUUGAUUAAGCUAUAAAGUAAGGGUUUGGAUGGCAUAAGUGAGAAAAUAGGUCAUGAAUAAACUGUACGUCUAUCUUCUCUACAGGUGGUGGUCCUACAGUUCAAGUCCUCCCAGCAUGGGUGGUAUCCUUUACAACAGCUCAGAGUUGACAACUUUCACCCUGACAGGGCUCCCAGGGCUGGAGAACUCCCAACACUGGCUGUUCUUGCUCCUCGGUACCCUCUACAUUGUCUCCAUUGUGGGCAAUGGCCUUAUCCUUUUCAUUGUCAAGGAGGAGCAGAGUUUGCAUCAGCCUAUGUACUACUUCCUGUCCCUGCUCUCAGCUAAUGAUCUAGGUGUGUCUUUUUCCACACUGCCCACUGUGCUCGCCACAUUUUGCUUCCACUUAAGGACAAUCAGCUUUGAUUCUUGCAUGGCUCAAAUGUUCUUUAUCCACUUCUUCUCUUUGAUGGAAUCAGGGGUCUUGCUGGUUAUGAGUUUUGACCGCUAUGUGGCCAUCUGUAACCCUCUGCACUAUACCACCAUGCUCACAAAUACCCAUGUUGUAUGCAUGGGCUUAUGGGCCAUCAUCCGCAGCUUCUGUAUGGUUUUCCCACUGCCUUUCCUUCUGAAGAGGUUGCCCUUCUGCAAGGCCAAUGUACUGUCCCAUGCCUACUGCCUUCAUCCAGGUCUCAUCCACCUUCCUUGUGGUGACAUCACCAUCAACAGUAUUUUCGGUCUCAUCAUUGUCAUGUUUACCUUUGGUCUGGACUCUGCACUCAUUCUCUUAUCAUAUGUGCUCAUCCUGUGCUCUGUACUUACCACUGCAUCUCGGGAGGAACGAUUAAACACACUCAACAUGUGUGUAUCACAUCUGUGUGCUGUGCUCAUCUUCUCUGUGCCCAAGAUUGCUGUGUGCAUGACUGCCCGUUUUGGUAGGCACGUCCCCCGAUUGGUGUACACAGUCAUGUCUCUCAUUUUUCUCUUUAUGCCUCCCAUGCUCAAUCCUGUCAUCUAUUCAAUCAAAAUCAAACAGAUUAGAUGGAGGCUUGGCAGAAUGCUAGUGUGA